AUUCAGUCAUUGAGAAAAAAAAUAAUUAAUUGCGCGCUUUUUCCAUGAAGUUGAUGGUCUUGUUAUUGCUAGGAAGAGUGGGUUAGGACAACGGUUCCUUUGUGAAAGCUGGUUUCAAUGAACGCUCAGCUGGUUACUCUAUUAAAUCAAAUAGCUUCCUCUGUCAAUCCUAACGAAAAAGUAGAACUGCUUAAGAAGUUACAAGAGGUUGUUCUUCACAGAGACCCUGCAGCGUUACAAACUGUGUUUCCUUUAGUGUUGGAGUACCAAAGAGACCGUAUAGUUUCCGUGAGAGUAGCUGUAGUCGAUUUUAUUUUAGCGGUUUGUUCGAAACAAGAAGAAUAUAUAUAUUCAGCAUUGGAGAGUCUGCAGUUGAUGAUAAGUGACCACAGUCCCAAUGUUCAAAGAAAAGUAGUUCACACGACACUUCAGUUACUACCCGUAGUACAAAGGGCAUUGCUACUUACCGACGUCGUUCAAACCAAACCAAAACGACUGUUUUCUGUUUUGAACCAAAUAUGCAGGAUAGCUUGUCAGUUUACGUUGGAGAAAAAUGAGAGUUUGGCCUUGCAAAGUUUGAAACUGAUUGAAGCUGUUAUCAAACUUUUUUCUCCUUCCAGCAGUGAUGACACUAGUAAGCGUCAUUCACUAUUUGACGGUCUGAAGGAAGGACUUCAUAGCAUAUCCAAGGAAGAAGUGUUCAAAGAAGCAGAACAAUUAUUGUCAGAGAUAUUGAAAAUUUUUAAUCAUUCUAGCGUAGAUAUUAUUAAUUUUCAAGUUCGAUGUGCAGCGAUGGCCAGUCUGUUUCAUAUUAUGGAAGAACGUUCUGCAUUUGCUAGUAAGAUAAUCACUGUUGUACAUCGUGUUAUUCAGGGAGAAGACUCCAACUUGUCUAAUGCUCAGAAAGUUACAGAACGGUCAUCUUUGAAGAGUUUGUUACUGUCUGCAGUUGCUUUUACAUCUUUGCAUCAAAUACCAUCCGUUUUACAAAGUUUAGAGCUUGCAUUACGAAACUUGGGCGUAAAUGAAAGUAUUAUAGCUGACUCCAAGAAUCGCGUCUCAACUCCUUCGGCAACCCAUAUGCGACGUCCACCAAAGCGACCAUAUGCUUCCACAUCAUCAAGUGUAAAGAAUGACUCUGAACAAGAAACGAAGAAACUUCGUAGUCAAAAAGCGAUUUCUGUUGCGGAAGCCAAGAGUUUGACAGAUUCUCUUGUAAAUACUUAUCCUUUAUCGACAUUAGUCGAAAUGGUACUGAAGACUAUUCUAGAGGUUCCAACUGUCUUACUAGACAAAGAGGAAACUACCAAAGAACAGUCGAGUGUUUCUGGAGAAGCAACAAGUUUGGAAGACUCGAAACCUGCACAAAUUGAAGAUAGUGGUGCAGUGAUUAUGGGAGCCACUGGUGCUGUUUCAAAGCUAAAAAGAGAUCCCAGACUUGAUCCUCGUUUAGCUUCCAAAUUGGCGAGAGCUGCAUCGUCAACACCUUCUGUAGUAUCUCAACAGAAUGCAAACAAUACUAGUCAUAACCAGUCUCAGGUAUGGAAAAGAGAAGUUCAAUCCACUUCAGAAGUCGUAGAAACCAAAAAGGAAGAAGAAGAACAAGUUGUUCCGCUUUCCAUUGGGCAUGCCCUACAAAAGCCUCCGAUUGUAUCUUUACCUAAUUACUCGGACGAGAUGAUGGAACGCUUUUCACAGGAGGCUUGUAAACGUAUCCUUUUUGCUGAGAAGCAAGCUGCUAUUGGUGGUGGUAAUGCAUUGCGGCUGGCAUUGUUGGGUCGAAUGUUGCCGAAUUGUAAACAGGAUCAAUCCUUGUAUAAGGAAGCCAUUGAGUUUAUUUUGGAAAGAAUAGAAACACGGUUGGAAUUAGCUAUUCAUUGGCUUUAUGGAGAAGCUGCUUUUUGUGUAUCAUCCGCAGUAAGAGAACUUUAUCAAAAACGUGUAUUUGAUUUGAUGAAGAAAGGUCUGAAAGAUGAAAGCAGUCCUUCUCUGGAUGAGUUAUCACGACAGACGGUGAAACAGUUACAAGAAAGAUUGCAAUCUAUGAAUGUAGAGUUUUCGAAGAACGCGAGAAAGUCCGAGUUGAUUGAUUUGGUUAUCCUAAAUACAAAUUCAUCAGUUUCUGAAGAACUUGACGCUAUUCAUGGAGAAGAAAAUCGUUUGUUUCCAUCCAACACUAUGGAACUCGUUGAUUUGGAGAAAUAUGUUUCUGAACGUUACAAAACUCUGUUUCAUAUCUUUUCCAGAGAAGUUUCUCGUCAUCUGACUUCUAUGGAAGAUUCCUUAUUUGCACAAUUGUAUGUGCAAGUUCCCAUUCUGUUUCAAGGAGCAAUUGACGAAGUUCGUGCAUAUAUCGAAGAUCCUUCAAAGACAACAGCAGUGCUGAACGCUUUGUUAGAAAUUAUUACGGAACGAUCGGGAAGAGAUCGAAUGCGGUUCGUCGAGGUUAUUUUAGACUAUUCCGUUCAUGAGGACGAAGUAUUGAGGGGCCCUGCAAUUCGCCUAUUAAGUAGUCGCUUAUAUUCUAUAGAUUCUCUUGUAGGGACUAUUGAAAAUUUUGCCAAGGACAAGCUUUUAUUUGCUAUUCAUGAAAUAAUGAAUGAGAAGGAAAGCAAUCUUAUUACUUUAAACAAUGAUACAGUGAAAGAUACUUCUCCAUCGCAUUCUAAACCUGCCACUUUAGUUUCUGAUUCAGAAAAGUCAGAGUUGUCUCCAGGAUGGGAAAAACUGAUGGAACGUUACUGUAGCCUUUACGUUGUUUUAAGCUCAAGGAAGCCUCGACUGUUAAUAUCGUUAUUGCAAAUAUUGGAACAAACUUGUAAUGAGCAAGUGAUUGGUUUAUUCAAAACUUAUAUUCCAAAUCUCUCACGAACACUUGCUGAGGAUUCACCGGAACUUGUAGAGUUAGUUGGCAGCCAUUCACCUAAAGUGGCAUCUUUUGUGUUGGAGCUUUUAGAGAGUUUGAUGGAUAAUGGUAAAAAGACAAGUCCUGAGGUACUAGAAGCAGCUCGCAAGCAUUUUCAAGAUCCUUAUCGACCGGACUGCGAUGUGCGAUACGCAAUUCCAUUUAUAGAUUCGUUUUCCAAAGAAGAACUACUCCGUCUCCUACCUCGUCUGGUAGCAUUAGAUGGCUCAGAAUUUAAACAUGCAAUAUCCAAAACUUUAGGUGCUCGCUUACCCGUCAUACAAGCCUCGGAGUUUCUCGUAGAGUUGCAUCUAUUGGAGCCUAAGCAGGGCAUCUGUUCUUUACGAAAUGUGAUUUAUGCUAUUCAGUAUUGUUUUGAGCUCAAGUCAAUAUUUACACAAGAUGCUGUCGCUACAUGCUUGCAACAAUUGGUAGAGAAGAGUCCCAUUCCGAUCCUUCUAUUACGAACAGUUAUUCAAUCCAUUCUUCACUUUCCACAAUUGCAGAAAUUCAUCAUUUCAGUCAUCUUUGCUCGAUUGAUUGACCGUGAAGUUUGGAAAGAAAGGAAACUUUGGGAAGGUUUUGUGAAAGCUUGUCAAAUGACGAUUCCUCGUUCUGUUCCGGUUAUUUUGAGACUGCCACCGCAGCCACUCAAGGAUAUGGUUCAUCAUUCACAAAGUAUUCAACAAGCUAUUGUGAAAUAUGGUGAACGAAUGAAGGAAUCCAUACCUCCUUGGCUAUGGCCUUUUUUGGAACAGGAAUCGAAGAAUGGCGACUAGUUCAUCAUUGCUUAAAUCAUAGAAAUUUCUUGCUGCCAAGGUUUCAACUUGUAUGGACGAUAUUGGCGUUCUUUAUCUCCCGAAUAAUAUUAGGAAUGCUUCAAGGCUCCAUAAAAACUCUCAUUCCUUU